GCAGGACGCGCUCGGCCAAGAUGGCGGACAAGUGUCAGCCGCGGUGUCCUGCACUUUUCUGAGAAACUCAACUCCAGCCGCUCUCGUAUCGAGUCUUGUUUGAAUCUGGGCAUCUAGACUGGAAGAUAACGGGGAGAUCUCCAGUAAGUGUAAACACUUUGGAAACCUGUGAGUGUAAACGAUGCAGCCCCCUCCUCGGACAGCUCCUCCUGGAGCUAGUGGACCUCCGCCUCCCUCCGGUGGACCCAAUGCCUUCAGAAGAACCAGACCUCACAAGCAUGGGGCUGCAGCUGCUAUGACACCGGCUGCCCCGCCCACGCAGCCAGUGACUGAUCCUUUUGCCUUUGGAAGACAAAGUUUUUCGCCCAUGGCAGGGGGCAGCCAAGCUCCACCCACAAACAUCAACCCACUUCCUAUGCAAGGUCCUCCCCUUCCCGGGUUUAACCCGAUGACACCACCACAAGGGCCACCACCAGGAGCAGCGCAGGCAGCCUCUCCUGGCCCACCACCAAGAAUUUUUACACCACAACCUGUUCCCCCAGGGCCCGCACCAAGCUCUAAUCCUCUACCUGCAGAACCAGGAUACUUUAAUUCCCAAGAACCAAUGCCCUACAUAGCACAAUUGCCUAACCCUGCUCCUUCCUUCAGCUCUAGUUCAUCACAUCCACCCUCCACUGGCCCAACACCUCCAGUUCAAUCCCAGACUCCUUUUCAUUCCCAGCCAACACCUCCUCUACCUUCUCACUGGGUGCCUGACCAUGGAAGCCGCCCACCCUCUGUUCAAAACUACUUUCAGCCAACUAGUGAUCUCCCAUCUCAGCCUUUUCAAGCUCAAGCCCCACCUCCUGUGCCCUCUCCCCACACAGCUCCACCAGUGGCACAAUCUCAGAAUCAAAGUCAGUCAGCUCAACCACAUGUGACUGGGGCUGCUGCAACUCCGCAGCAAAACUCCCACUUCCCGGCUCAGAAUUACUUCAGUCAGUCAGGUGGACCCUCAGAGCCAUGGUUCAAUCAAAACCCACAGGAUCCGUUUCAGCGUGCCUGUCCUGUCUCCUACUCUGAAGUUCCCAGUGAUUCCGGAACGCUCUCAAUGUUCUUUCGGGGCAAUGAUGUUGAAAAUAAAGAAACUCUGUCAGGGGAGGGACGUGUAAAUGGGAUUCAUCACCCUAUCCAUUCGACGACUGAGUUCUCUGGUCCAUAUUUGAAUGACACUGGUAACAUUCGAGCUGGGCCAGGACCGUGUGAUUCUGUGGAGAAUCAGGAAUGUGUUCCAAACCUGGAAGUGCUGCCUAGUGAGGCUCCUCCAAGCUAUGCCUUUGAGGGGGGGCCUAAUUUGGAGACACCUGACACUGGUCCUCGUCUUGCCCGCUCUGCAAGUGUUUCAUCCAGCUAUAGUAACGUCAGUCACAGCAGUGGACACGGUCCUCACAGCAGCAGCCACAUCCCUCGGCGACAGCAAGGUGUUGUGGGAACAUUUAUCCAACAGGAAAGUCCCCGCCCACCAGAUCACCCUCCUUUGCAUCCCUCCACUGGUGGAUACUUUGAACAGAUAGACUCCAACCCAGCUGCAGAGGCGAGUCCUACUUUCCCAACUCCUAGCCCACCUAAACCAGUUGGUGUGUUCCAAGCGAGUGCAAAUUCUUCCUUUGAGCCUGUCCGCUCGCAUGGUGUAGGAGUUCGACCUGUUGAGGUUGAUCGUGCACGCAUGGUCAUGGAAAAGGGUGGACGUGACAUGCAGCCUGGCAACCUAGAACAACCCCCAGACAACUUGGAGACCAUUUACUUACCAGAACGCCGACCCUCAUCUCGAGCUCAGGGAGCACGACGCCCCAUUGAGAGUCCCGCUACUACACUCUGGGCUCAAAAUGACACUGCCAGUCUAGGUGCUAACAUACUGUUAGCCCCUGCAGCACCCUCUCUGGCUGCAACAUUUGUUCCAGCACAUCCCUCUGAAGUCAUCCAGCCACCGGAGGAUGGCCCUCUUGAUUUGCAUCCAGCGAAGCCAGAUCCACAGCCACCUUCGGAAAACCUGGAAAUUCCCCCAGACUCCACACCUCAGGCAAGUUUGGGAUAUGCCUCCUUGCUGGUGGCCUCGCCUCCCAUAGAGCCCCUAAAUCCGUCUGUGUUGAUUGCGCCACCUUCCAGUUUGGUUUCCUCUCAAAACCUCUCACAACCCUCCAAUCAGACAAGUCCUCAAGAGACAGCAACUCCUGUGCACCCACCCUCUCAGUCUUCUGUGACCAAUCAAAUGCCUCAGAAUUCCCCUCCAACGAAUCAGCCACAGUCUCUUUUCUCUCAGACACCAGUAAACUUCAGCACUUCUUCUACUCAAGGUAUCUUGAAUCUAGCACGAGAGGCAAACGAUGCUCAGCCCUCUGUUCAAGCACCCCGACCCGUUCUCUCAAGGGCUCAGUCUCUUAGAGGUGACAGCCAGUCUCUUCCGCCUUAUGUUUCUCAAGCUCAGACUUCUGCCCCUGCCACCAGUCACAAUGAAUCUUCAAAUUAUGAGCUGCUUGAUUUUUCUAUGCAUCAACCACAGUCCAUGAAUCAGGUGACAGUCCCUGCUGUCUCUCAGUCUGCCCAUCCUGCGGGCUUGGUGAAUAACACACCCGGCUUUUACCUGCAGGUCACCAAAGAUGCACAGCAGGGUGGGCAGUCUGACAGCGAGGCUCUGCCCCUUCAGCAGAUCUCUAACCCCCCACGACCCUCCAGCAACCAACCCAACAAUGAUCCGACUCACACCUCCCACUCUGCCCAUCCACCUCCAGCUCAACACCAGCCUCCUCCACAGGCCCCUCCAACUCAGCGUGGUGCCCCUCCUGGAUCUGCCCCACCACCUUCUUACCCACCCCAGUCUGGGAACUCUGCCCCCCAGCCACUUCAAGAACCCCAAAGACCUCCUUCAUCUCUAGGCAGUCAGUCAGGCCAUGGUGCUCCUCCUGCGAUGCCACCUGGUCCAGGUUAUGCAGGGUACUACCCGGGACCCUACCCUGAGUACCAGAAUGGAAGACCGCCGUAUCCACCCCAGUACCCUAUGGAUCCUAGAACUCAAAGCUACUAUCAGGAUGAUCCAUACCGUAGAGGAGAUCCUCGAUACGGCUGGUAUGAUGGUCAAAAUCCUGGCUACCGGGAGGCUGAACGUCAACCAGAGAGGCCAAGUUCUAGAACCAGCCAAUACUCAGACAGACCCAAUUCCAGCACUUCAGCUGUAGACCAAUGUUUCAGUCAAACCCAGAAUCCAAUACAGGGGUAUCAAGAAGACAUUUCUAGAUCCAGCCGUAGUGCCUAUGAUGACUACUAUGCAAACUACUAUAAGAGACAGUAUGAUGCCUAUGGAGAUAGGAGCAGGUGGUAUGAUCCAAAUGCUGCUUAUGAUCCACGCUACAGAGCCUACUACGAUCAAACGUAUGGCUGGUACUAUGGAGAUGCCUACUACAACCAACAAUAUCAAAACAGCAGAAGAGAGGGCUAUGAUGACCCAUGGCGGUAUUACCCUGGUUAUGACUCCAGCUUUGAUGAUGAGUGCCGCAGACGUGACCCGUACGUUGACGAUUUUGACCGCCGUUCGGUUCACAGUGAACAGUCAGCACACAGUGUGCAUUCAUCACACAGUCGACGCAGUAGCUUCAGCUCACGCUCACAACAGAGUCAGGUGUAUAGAAGUCAACCAGAUUUAGUCAGUGCAGCCUAUGAUGCCACUGGGACGACUCUUCCAGCGGAUUACACCUACAGCCAGUAUCCUAACCCUUCUGAUACUGUAGAUUACAGUCAGCUUCCUUAUUCUACCGACAACACCUGGACUGCUCCAGAGCAGCCUCCUCCAAGGCCGUUGACCCCAGAGAAGUUUUCUGUUCCUCAUCGCUGUGCUCGGUUUGGUCCGGCUGGUCAGCUGAUCCUUGUCCAACCCAACCUGCCCUCUGCUGGUCAGCCUACACUUGUGGAAAUCCACAGUAUGGAGACGAUUCUGCAGGAUUCUCCAGAGCAGUCAGAAAUGCGUUCAUUCCCUGGCCCGCUCGUCAAAGAGGAGACUCAUAAGGUGGAUGUCAUAAAAUUUGCUCAGAACAAAGCCCAAGAGUGUUUGCGAAAUGAUGACCUCAUUGACAAAGACUCCGCCUACCUCAUCUGGGAGUUCAUUGUGCUGCUGUGUCGCCAGAAUGGGACGGUAGUGGGCACAGACAUCGCUGACCUGUUGCUAAAGGAGCAUCGCUCUGUCUGGUUGCCCGGAAAAUCACCCAAUGAGGCUAAUCUCAUCGACUUCAACAACGAAGCAAUAGAGCGUGCUGAGGAGGAAGAGGCGGGGCCAAUAUCCCUUCUAUCAGACACUUUCAUGGGCGUGCCAGAGAAUGUUGGCAAGGAAACAGAGCGUUUCAGAGAACUUCUACUCUUCGGCCGCAAGAAGGACGCUCUGGAGGCUGCUAUGAAGAAUGGCCUGUGGGGUCAUGCGCUGUUAUUGGCCAGUAAGAUGGACAACAGAACACACGCCCGUGUAAUGACCAGAUUUGCCAACAGCCUGCCUAUUAACGACCCUCUUCAGACGGUGUACCAGCUCAUGUCAGGACGAAUGCCGGCUGCUGCUACUUGUUGCGGAGAUGAGAAAUGGGGCGAUUGGCGACCUCACCUGGCCAUGGUGCUGUCCAACCUCACACACACUCUGGAUCUUGACACCCGCACCAUUUCCACCAUGGGGGACACUUUAGCAUCUAAAGGUCUGGUAGAUGCAGCCCAUUUCUGUUACCUGAUGGCUCAGGUGGGUUUUGGUGUUUACACCAAGAAAAGCACCAAGAUGGUCCUUAUCAGCUCCAAUCACAGCUUGCCAUUUUUGAAGUUCUGCUCGUCAGAGGCGAUUCAGCGCACAGAAUCGUAUGAAUACGCUCAGUCUCUUGGCUCUCAGCCUCUCUCUCUGCCAAACUUCCAGGUGUUCAAGUUCAUUUACGCGUGUCGACUGGCGGAGGCGGGACUCUGUGCUCAGGCCUUCCAUUACUGUGAGGUCAUCUCACGCACCCUGCUGAGCUUACCUGAGUACUACUCAGCUGUGUUCAUCAGUCAGCUCAUACAGAUGUCUCUGAGGUUGAGGUUUUUUGACCCUCAGCUGAAGGAGAGACCAGAGCAGGAGUUGUUUAUAGAGCCUGAUUGGUUACUGCAUCUCAGACAACUUGAUGGACAGAUCAAGGAUGGUGCGAUCACCUUUCGCGCGGAUCGCAGCACCCCACAGCUUUAUCACUGCAGCACACCCAGUUCAGAAGACCAGUGCAGCCCACCUGACCCCUCGACUCUGAAUCCUGAUCCCCACAAUCCUCUCAUGACCUCUCUUUUGCCCCCAGCUGGUGUUCAACUCAUGCCACCAGCUCCUCCCACUAUUCUGCAGGAUGGGGCGGUCCCUCUGCAUCAGGCCCCGCCUCCGGGUGAAAACUUUUCAUUCUACCCAGUGGCCCCGGGGCCACCACAGCCAAACUUUGCGACACCGUUCCAACCUGAAAUGCAUGAGCAAUACAUGCCCAUGCCACCCCAAAUACCCCAACAACUACCGCAGCAAAUACCCCAGCAAAUGCCCCCACAAUUUCCGACGUACAGCUCUACAGAAAUGCCUCCACAGAUGCCACCAGGAAUGCCACCACAGAUGCCCCCUCCAAUGCCUGGGGCUGAACAUGGCUCCAGCCCUUCCUUUCCUCAGCAGUACCCCCAGUCGUCUCCCACGUUCACCGCCCCUCCUCCACAAGGGAAGGACUUCUAUGAUGAAAUGGCACGCAUGGGCCCAGGCAGAAGAUCACGAACCACUUCACAGUCGUCAGUGCAACUGAUAUCAGGUCGGCGGUCUCGCACAGCAUCAGAAUCGUCCAAUCAUUCUGGACGAGAGCGCAGCAGUUCUCUAGUCAAUCAGGGCUCUCCACCUCCCCCUCCUAUCCCAGAGGCUCCACCCCAGGAUGAACCCAAGAAGACCAAGAAAGACUCUCCCAAAAAAGGAGCGAGUGGCGGCUGGCUGACCUGGCUGUAUCCAAAACGAAAGAACGAAGCACAUCUGCCAGACGACAAGAACAAAUCUAUUGUGUGGGAUGAAAAGCAGCAGAAAUGGGUGAACCUGGAUGAGCCAGAGGAAGAGAGCAAACCCCCUCCUCCUCCACCCACCGGCUUCCCCAGAGCUCCAAUGGGCGGGAUGGGGCCCCCAGGAAUGGGUGGUCCAGCAGGGGGGCCACCUGUGAAUAUGUUCUCCAGGAGAGCAGGCACUAAGAGCCGUUAUGUGGACGUGUUGAAUCCCGGUCGUGGAGGAUCUAAACCGGCCGCUGCGGUACCGCCUCCUGCUGAUCUGUUUGCUCCUCUCGCACCCAUGGCCAUGCCAGCCAACCUCUUUACACCAGCUGCAGCCCCAGAUGAGCAGCAGCAGCCGAUGGAGGGAAGUGUACCAGACGCCAGUGGAGAAAACACAGAGCAGACUAGUGCCACAGUGCCACAGAUGUUUAAUCCGAAUGCUUUGCCUCCCGGCCCAGAGGGGACGCAGUCUGGAGAGCUGUCACGUUCUAGCUCAAUGAGUUCUCUAUCUCGAGAAGUGAGUCAGCAUUUAAAUCAGGUUCCCAUUCAGCCGCCAAUGCAAGGAGCUCCGCCUGCAGGAGGUGUGACCUUUUAUAACCCCUCCCAGUUUGCACAGUCUGUUCCCACAAGCCGCGCUCGAUCUGGUCGUCUGGGACAGAGAGGAUACCCAACACUGAAAUAAGAGUAUCGCUGUAGUUGUAGAUCAAGCUGUGGUUCUAGACCAGAUUGGACUGAAGUUUGGUUCCUGCCUGGACUCCUGGAAGCGCUGGCAUGCGGCCCUCAGCCUCCCGAAUAACAUUGUCGUCGCUGUCAUAAUCAUGGUUUUCCCGAACGGAUCAGAACGGAAAGGAACAGGACAGAUCGGACUCGGUCAUCCUCUGUUUCUCCUUCUAGACUCAUCAUACCCAUUAGUCUAACUCUUGUUCUGCGUUUGUACGCGGCGCUUCCUCAACGUGAGCAGUGUGAAUAUAAGUGCAAUAUGUCAAAUUUUAGCCCUGUGUAGUUUGAUUUCCUUUAGUAGUCUGCUCAUUUCAGCAGGGUGAGUGCGAGUGUGUUUGUGUGCGUGAGUGGGGAUGAAAUGUGGGCGUGUCUUGCUGAUGGACUCCAGCCAAUGCAUGAGUUAGAGGGCGGUCUGGCCUGUUUUCAUGGGAACAGUGCAGCGUACCAGAAUGUUUUAGAUAUUUAUUAAGCUUCCGGUCGAAACGCCGUCGCCGGACAGGAUCCGUACAUCAGAGUGAGUUUGUGUACACGUCGUCACAGCGUACUAAACAAACCCAUCUCUUUUACCGUCUCCUGAACGAAUCCUUCAUUUUGCCAGUAGCAAAGAAUCAUACAUUUAUAUGAUUUACCAAAAUCCUGUGAUCAUUGUGCGUGUUUUGCUCGUUGCUCAAAUAUCAUUUAUUAUUUUCCUGGCUUCAUCUCGCUCUCUGAUCGGUCGUCUUCAUGUCUCUUAAUCACACGCCAUUUUUCCUUUGCUCGUUCCGGGGUUCUUGUUCCCAUGGUAACAGCGGGGUUUUGUAAUUCCAAAGGUCAGCUCUGUUUGAAGGAAGCUCGGACUUUUCCAAUGUGUUUAGAAAUUGACUGUACAAUUCUUGAUAAAGUGAUAAUAAAGAUAUUUUUGAGCUCUUUAA